GCAUGGGAGGACGGAGGAUGACAAGGGAUGAAGAAAGUGUCUAUGAUCCCGAGGCCGCGCAGCUCCUGCAGGAGCCCAGACUGAGGCUCCUCCUGGUGGGGAAAUCGGGCACCGGGAAGAGCGCCACGGGGAACAGCAUCCUGGGCCGGGACUGCUUCCCGUCCCGGCUCAGCGCCACGCCCGUGACCACGGCCUGCGCCGUGGGGACGUGCAGGUGGGGCCGGUGGCACGUGGAGGUCCUGGACACGCCGGACCUUUUCAGCUACGGCAUCCCCGACUGGGACCCGCGGUGGUGGGAGCGGGGCCGCUGCGUCCAGCUCUCGGCGCCGGGGCCCCACGUCCUGCUGCUGGUGACCCAGCUGGGCCGCUUCACCCCCGGGGACCAGCUGGCCGUGAGCGCCGUGAAGGACGCUUUCGGGGACGCCGUGCUGGCGCGCACCAUCGUGGUCUUCACGCGCGGGGAGGACCUGGCAGGGGGGUCCCUGCGGGAGUACGUGCGCGACGGCGACAACCGCGCGCUGCGCGAGCUGGUGGCCGAGUGCGGGCACCGCGUGUGCGCCUUCAACAACCGGGCCACGGGCGGCCAGCGGGAGGCGCAGGUGGCCGAGCUGAUGGCGCAGGUGGAGCAGCUGCUCAGGGCCCAGGGCGGCGGCCCCUACACCGGCGGGCCCUUCCAGCUGGCGCAGACCCCGGGCUUGGGCAGCGCCCAGGACCAGCUGCGCAGGGUGGCCGCGAGCCUGGCCGCGCGCAUGCACCAGCCCCGACGGCGACGCGGGCUGCUGGCAGGGCUGUGGGCCUGGGGCUGGGCGCUUGCCAAACGCCUGUGGGUGGGCCUGGCCCUGCGGCUGCUCUAUCUGCUGCAGGGAUAUCAGGGCACUCAGGAGCACCUCAGGGACACUUAG